UGCGCAUAUAAAAAGAUUUUUAAUUCUUUACAUUUUUGUGUUUCAGAAAAGAUGGGAUUGAGUUCUAUUACUGUUUUUUGUUUUCUUCAACUGUUCUUUCUUUGUUUUACGGCAGAUGGAUAUUCAAUUGGGCAUAUUUUAAACAACACGAUGGAGGAAGAGUCGAAUAUUACUUCAACGAAAAAUGAGCAACCAAUUGUCAUCACUUCUCAAUCGUCCAUUCCAAUUGAAGAUUUGUCUACUUCUAUUCCAAUCAAAGUUUUUAAAGCUUUACUUUUGGAUAACAAUGCUACAACAACGAAUAAUUCUUCGAUUAGUGAAGAAGAAUCAGCAGAACCGGAGAAUUUUUUGAAUGAAAUUAUUUCUGAUGAAGAAUUUACACAAAGUAUUUUAUCUACAACGGCAAAUAUUUCUUCGGUCAAUGAAACAACGGAAUCAACAAAAUUGGAUGUUCUUUCAACAUUACCAACAACAAAAACAACCACAACCCCUCCAAUAAUAAAUACAACAACAAUUCCCUCAAUUGAAUCGACAACUUCUCUACCUAAAUCUUUGUAUAAUGAAAAUUCUUUAACUUCUCCUCCUGUUCAAAAUGAAAAUACAAAUUCGACUUCUUCAAUGGAUUUAAUGAAUUCAACCAAAACUUUGUCUAUUGAAACUACAACAGAAUUGAAUAAUUCAUUAAUUGAACCAACAGAUACAGAAGUAAAUACUACAAUUACAACAACUAUUUUAUUUUCUCAAACAUCAGAAGAAGAAUAUUUUGAGAAUGAUACAAUAACAACAACAGAGUUUUUGGUUGAUAGUACUACAACUUUAAUUACUAGUACAAUGGACACCAUUAAUUCGUUUGUCGAUACAGAAAAUGAUUCUUCUUUGAUUGUCUCUUCGACAGAAAUGGCAUCACAAUUCUCUUUAAAUAACCAAUCAUUUUCUACUCCUUCGAAUACUUCUGUUUCUUCUCUAACUUUCAAUGAUAGUACAACAACAUUAAAUGUCACCAGCAGUGAAUUCAAAAAAUCUUUGUCGAUCACUGAUUGCUUAACUGAUGUUAUUUUGAUUAUAUUGGUUGUUUUGUUUGUUCUGUUUUUGAUUAUUUUGUUGGUUCUCUGCUGUCGUAAGCCUGCUGCCUCUGUUAUUGUUGUUGAAGAGGAAAAAACAAUUAUAAUUAAAGAAAGUCGUUAUACCAGCAAUCCAUCAGAUAUUGAAAUGGGAGAGGAGAAUCGUCCUAAUAAUUUUAUGGCUUUGAGGUCAACUUUUGUGACGACCAGUGGAAGUGAAGAUUAUGAUCCCACAGGGCUUACAAAUAUUUCGGAAGAAUCUGAGACAAGUGAUUCUGUUGGUAAGAAAAAAGGAAAAAGUAAGAAAGAAGUUGAUGAAGAGAAUGAUGAUGAUAAUAAUGAGGUUGAGCAACAAAUUAAAAGUAAAGAUGGUGUUGAAGUGCCAGAGACAUUGCAGGAACAGCCAAGUCCAAGUUUGUAUUCUUUUACCAAACCGGCAAAUGUGGCAAAAGCAAAUAAGCCUUCUAGUAUAUAUGAUUGA